CCGGCCGAGCUUUAUAAAGGGCCCAGCCAAAACCUUUGAGAAGAAAGCGUGACGGUCUGGUUUAUAGCGUAAAAGAUUGCCCCUUGAGCAAAAAACCCAGAGGCGAAGAAGACGAAAAAGAAAAUGGCGGUUGAGGGGCAAGUCAUUUCCUGCCACACCAUCGAGUCCUGGAACGAGCAACUGGAGAAGGGAAAGGACAGCCAGAAACUGAUAGUUGUUGACUUCACCGCUUCUUGGUGUGGUCCGUGUCGAUUCAUUGCUCCAUUCUUGGCAGAGUUGGCUAAAAAGCUACCUGAUGUCACCUUCCUGAAGGUGGAUGUGGAUGAACUGAAAGAAGUUGCUAAGGAUUGGGCCAUUGAAGCAAUGCCAACUUUCAUGUUUAUGAAGGAAGGGUCAAUUGUUGAUAAAGUGAUUGGGGCUAAGAAAGAUGAUUUGCAGCAGACCAUUGCCAAACACAUCAACAAAGCAGCAGAGUCAUCAUCUUCCUAGUCCGUGUUUCGUAGCCUUUAUUUAUCAUUGCUUUGUUAUGUUUAGAAUCUUUUAACUUAGUGCGAGUUAUAUUAUUUUAUUUAUCUUCUUAUCGUACAAUGCUUUGAUGUUUGAACCUUGCCAUCUUUAAUGUUUGCAAACAAUAUAGUAUAAGUGUUUUCUGCCCUUCUAAUUGAGCAGUGUUAUUUUAAUUAUUUUUUCACUUAAAAAGGAAAUAUUGAUAUGUGAUAUUAAUUUGCUGUUUUAGUUUGCU